UGGCUAUGAAUCUAUAAUAAUAUUCUUCAUAGUUGUUUAUUUGUAUUUCGUAGUAAUUGUAAAUUUAAAAUGAAAAUAUUUCUAUAUAGCGUAUAGAAUACAGACUUUAUAUGUAACACAAACCAUAUUUUUAAUAUGCAUAAUAUAAGUAUGAAUCCUGUUGGUGAAAUAUGGACAUGGGGCGCUAACUCUCAUGGGCAAUUGGGUCUCGAUCUAACCAAUGAACAAAUAGAGAAACCUACUAAAUUGCAAACAGAAUUUUAUGACAAGAUUAGGCAAAUAGCGUGUGGUGGCGCCCAUUCUGUCUUAUUAGACAGUCAGGGAAAACUUUUUUCGUGUGGCUGGAAUUCUAAAACACAGCUGGGACUCAAAACAGAAGUGUAUACAUUUAGUCGCAUAUGGCGUUUAAGUGGCAUAACAUUUACAAAUAUAGCAUGUGGUUGGGACUUUAGUUGUGGUGUUACAGAUGAACAUUACUUAUUUGUGUGGGGCUCUAAUAGUCAUGGUCAGCUGGGCUUACCAAAGGAUCAUUUUGGAGAAUAUGUGGAACCCCUUAGACUCCAAGUUAAUGUAUGCGCAAUUUCAAUGGGGCUGAGACAUACAGCUAUGAUUAAUUCUAAAGGAGAGGUUUGGACAACUGGCUGUGGAAGGCAUGGCCAACUGGGAUUAGGUGAAGGCAUUCUAAAUUCAGAUAGAUUCCAAAGAAUACCUAAAUUAACCAAAAUAUCACAUAUUGCUUGUGGACAGAAUCAUACAGUGGGAUGGUGCUCUGAGGAAAAUGCUUUGUAUGUUUGGGGUGAUAACAGACAUGGCCAAUUGUUGCUUAAUUCUCAAGAAUAUAAGAAAAUUUUUAUACCACAAAAAAUUGAUAUAAGUGUAAGAAAAGAAGUGAAAAAACUUUUAAGUGGUUGGACUAAUGUUUUAUUAUGGUUGGAAGAUGGCUCAUUGCUUACAUGGGGAAGGAAUAAUAAAGCACAAUUGGGGACAGAUGCAGAAUUUUCUGGAAAGAUUUUUAACAUUAAAUUGCCAGAUAGCAGACAAGUACAGGAUGUUGCAUUAGGUUCGGAACAUACCAUAUGCUUGGCAACUGACCAAACAGUUUGGGCUUGGGGCUGGAAUGAACAUGCAAACACAGGAUUACCCUGUACUGAAGAAUUUAUAAGAUGUCCUACUCAAGUACCAGUUGAAACAAAGUCAAAAAUUACACAAAUAUAUGCUGGGGGUGCCCAUAACUUUGUUGUAGCAGAUAAUGAUGUAGGAUUAAAUAAUUAGAGCAGUAAAUCUACACAAAUAUUCUAUUAAGUUGUACAUAUCUGUGCAGUAUGUUAUGCAAUGGUGCUAAACCAAUUUUGGUUUUAGAUUAUGUUAUGUUGAUAUAGAACAAGUGUAAUUAAAGAGCACCUUGCAAUGCUUUUUGAUGUUUUUGUAAUCCGCUAUGUAUGCAGUCUAUGGUACAUUAAUGGUACUAUACCAGAAAUCUUCAUGCAGGAAUCAACAAUAACUUGACUAAGUUUCAACUUAAUCAGUUGAAUGGUUAAUGACAUGACAUGACACAUGCAAUGACAAAAUCAUUUUUGUAUUGUUAUAUAUAUCAUAAUUUUUUUAUUGAUCAUUAUUAGGUAAUGUCAGUAAAUAAUUAUAUAAAAUAUUACAUGAAAAUUAAUGAUAAUAAUUUAUUCAGAAAUGCUUUUACAAACACUAAUGAAUGAAUAUGCAUACUUAUCAUAAGUCUAACUUACUAUUAUUUAC